CCUCGAUAGUCAACACCUGAAUUCAACUUAACAAGUACAGGCAAGAAUUCAACGGACUAUCAAUAAUAAAUAAUUAUCCAAUAGAGCUGCAGUGUGCAGAUCAAAUUUGAUAAAGCUUUGCUUUGCUUUUCACUUUUUGAUAAUAUAUUUGACAAGUUUUUAUCGAUGGGAAAUAAAAAUAGUAGAAUAACCUCUCAGGAUCGUGCCAUACUUGAUUUGAAAGUUCAACGUGAUAAACUAAAGCAGUAUCAAAAAAAGCUUCAAUUAGUAGCAGAUAGAGAAACUCAAAUAGCAAAAGAAGCAUUACUUAAAAAUAAUAAACGUGGUGCUCUUUUAGCUUUGAAGAAGAAGAAAUAUCAAGAACAAUUACUUAGUAAAUCCGAUGCACAAUUAUUGAAUCUUGAGCAAUUGACUCAAACUAUAGAGUUUACACUAGUAGAAAAGGAUGUAUUUGAGGGAUUAAAACAAGGAAAUUUAAUUCUAAAUGAAAUUCAUAAGGAAACGCCUAUUGAAAAGGUUGAGAAAUUGAUGGAAGAUACUGCAGAUGCCAUAGCUUAUCAAAAUGAAAUUUCAGAGGCAUUAAGUGGAAAACUAACUAGUGAAGAUGAAGAAGAGAUAUUGGCCGAAUUAGAUCAAAUUGUGAAUGAACAACUUGUUGGUAAACUUGACAAACUUCCUCCUGUUCCUGAUCAAAUACCACAACAACAAAUACCGCAAAAGCAAAAAGUAGAAACAAAGCAACCACAGAAAGAAAAGAAAUUAGAAGCUGCUCUUGAAGUUGCUUAGUUUUAGGUAAAGUGGAUGAAAAUAGUAUUUAUGGUGUGAAGAAAAAUUGGUGGUG